ACAGCUGAAUUCCGAAACAUCGAUAGCACCGAACAUCGAUGUUCAGCCACCUCUAACGUAAUUUCCAUUUAUUUUGCUCUGCUUUCUUUCGCCGUUUUUCCACCCACAAUCCGCAGAAAAAUAUCCCGAAUUUGUGCGAAACGGUGGCCCCACAUAUUGUGCGUAUAAUUUCUUAGUUCACGGUGUUAAAACAAACCGUUUCCCAUCGAUUUUGAAGCCCCGAAAAAAACGACGACGUCAGUGGCGUCAGGUGGAAAAAAAAAAGGAGAAAAAGGUGGUAAAAACUGAUAAUUGCGAUUGGAAGUUGGAAGUUAAAAUUGAAAUUUAACGGGUGCAGUUAAAAUUAAAGUGAAUUUGCAAGUGUGAAAACGCAGCGCCAAGCGUAGAGAGCUGAGAGAGUUCGAAAAAAAGCAUGAGCACAACCGCCGCCAGUCUCAUCGAGGCGGCUCUAAAUGCCAGCGGCGGCAACGCCACAACAGCAACGGCAUCGACUUCCGGAACAACAACAGUGAAGCCGAAUCCCAACUACAUCGUUCAGGUGAAGGACAAUCCGAUGAGCAACUCCCUGGAACCCCUGCUCCAUGUGGGCGAUGGCAUUUUUCUGCAAACAAAGACGGCACAGGUCCUGGCCGGUGUCUGUGUGUGGGCGGCCCUCUUCAUCACCUGUCAACAGAUCUACCAACAUCUUAGGUGGUAUACGAACCCCCAGGAACAGCGCUGGAUUGUCCGUAUCCUGUUCAUAGUGCCCAUCUACGCCAGCUACUCGUGGAUCAGCUUGCUCUUCUUCAACUCGGACAAUGUCUACAUUUACUUUUUCACAGUCCGGGAUUGCUACGAAGCCUUUGUCAUCUACAACUUCUUGUCGCUGUGCUACGAGUACCUGGGCGGCGAGGGAAACAUCAUGUCGGAGAUCCGUGGCAAGCCCAUCAAGACCUCAUGUCUGUAUGGAACGUGCUGCCUGAAGGGCAAGACCUAUACGAUUGGUUUCCUGCGAUUCUGCAAGCAGGCCACUCUCCAGUUCUGUCUGGUUAAGCCACUGGUGGCAUUCAUCAUCAUCUUUCUGCAGGCCUUUGGCCACUACCACGAUGGCGAUUGGAGUGCCGAUGGCGGUUACAUCUACAUCACGAUCAUCUACAACAUCUCUGUGUCGCUGGCAUUGUAUGGCCUCUAUCUGUUCUACUUUGCCACCAGAGAUCUGCUGACUCCCUUCGAACCGGUCCUCAAGUUCUGCACUAUUAAGUCGGUGAUCUUUUUGUCCUUCUGGCAGGGCGUGGGCCUGGCCAUCCUCGAGAAGGCCAAUGUCAUCUCGCCCAUUGUGGACAGUGCUGGCGCUGUCACCGCCGAGGCGGGUACUGUCUCGGCCGGCUAUCAGAACUUCUUCAUAUGCAUUGAAAUGCUGUUUGCAGCCAUUGCUCUGCGCUAUGCCUUCCCCUAUCAGGUUUAUGCUCGUAGCUGCAUUAGCGAUGGCCACGGACGAUCUGUAACCAUGCAGUCCAUUUCCAGCAGUCUCAAGGAAACGAUGAAUCCCAAGGAUAUUAUGACAGAUGCUAUUCACAACUUCCAUCCGCAGUACCAGCAGUACACGCAAUACAGCUCAGGUGGCAAGAACUCGCGCGGCAUUCGCGUUUCCAGCUACGAUCCGGAUGAUCCCAGUUCUGGCGGUGCAGGGUCUGGCGGUGGUGCCAUGCAGACCUCCCAGCCCUCCAGUGGGGGAUACAAUGCAGUGGCCACUGGACCCGGAUCUGGCAGUAAUAAUGGCAGCAACUGUAUGGCCUCCAAGACGCUGGGCAAUCAGAGGAAGUUCAUGCCCGGGGGACAGCGAGUGGCGACCAUCAGCCAGAACUAUAACGAGAAGACCAUGCUGCUGAGCAGUGACGACGAGUACCAGUAGAUGGGUGGGCGUCUGGGCAUCUGGAGGAGCAGUCCUACCACCCAAUUGUUAAAAAAAAAUUAUGUUUUUCGUUUUAAUUCGAUUCUCCCGUUGCUGAUUCUGUCGCUUGUACAAUAAUCUUAAGUAGCCCAACAGCAUAGCAUCCCAACCUAAUAGAUAAUGUAUCUUUACAACUGAAGAUGUAUCUUAUAAAUGUUUAAGGGUGAAAGGAUGCAGGAUCCCAGGGGGGAAUGUAAUCUUGAAGAAAUUAUAGGUUUUUAAAAUGUAAUCUAUUUCUUAGAAAAUUGUAUUCAACUUUUGUCUUAUUUAUAUUUUUAAAAUAUUUUCAAGAUAGUUUAUAAAUCCUAUAGAUUGAAGAUCACAUUCCCCCCUCUAAGAUAUAUCCUUAAAUGAAUUGUGUAUGUAUGUACGACUAAAUUAAUGCAAAAACAUAUAUAUUUUGUAAACUUACACCGCAUAAUGUAAUUUGAUUCGCUUCGAUUCCAUUACUAUUGUGACAAUUUAUCGAUUAAUUAUCGACAAAAAAAAAUCAAAAUAAUAGCCAACUGAAACUGAAAAUAAUGCCACAGCACUUCUUGCGUCUCUCGAACCGUCUACAGGAUGCUUCUACAAUAACAAAAAACAAAAAUCCACAAAAAAAGAAUAUAUUUAUAAGGCAAUGGCUAAUUUUUUAAAAGCAAACUUAAACACAAUACACCAUAGCUAACUUAGAGCGAAUUUGUUAGAUGAAUGAUUGAAAUCAGGUCCAGAAUUUAGACCCAGAUAGAUCCUUUCCGGAAAUGAGAUGAUUGUAGUAUAAAAAAAAAGAAGAAAUUUUACCCUGUACAGUGAAAUGUGAAUGAAUUUUUCCAUUUUUUGGCCACUCUCCGAAUGCAGAACGGUAUUUUGAUAAUAUAGCCAGGCUUCCCAUCAAAAUUACACGUGUGUCUGGACCAAACGGAGUGAGCCGACAAACCGGAUAUCCGGAUAACUGAGAAAAGACCGAGAAAAGCCAUAGGAAACGUCAAAUUAUGUAUAAUUAUCGAGAGCGGAAGUGAAAGAUGAAGAACAAAGCAGAAACGUUUUUAUGUACAUUUUUUCGUUAAUAAUAUUAAAAUGAGAAUAAAAUAAAUGUCAUAAAAUAUACUAAAGUUCAUUUAUGUAUAUAAUA